CUCUACAAGGACGUCAUGAAAUGGACAAUGCAGCCGCCCCCUCACAUCACCGGAUGGAUCCAGUCAUGGGAACCCACCAGAGAGAUGUCCCCAUUCCUCUGUAAUUCCCGGGAUUUCACACAGGAAGUCACACCAAUCCCUCACCAUCAUCAGAGUGGAAACCUGAGAGAUCCUAAAGUUGAAGUUAAAGAAGAGAUAAAAGAGGGGGUGAGGAUGGGGGGGAUGGAGGGAGUCAGGAGAUUCCAGAAGGACACCAAGAAGGUACCAGGACACCAUGGUGGAGUCAUCCAGCUACAGGAAUAUGACAGAGAGAUGUCCCCCCGUCCUCUGUAUUCCCGGGAUUCCAUACGACAGGAAGGUCACAUUUGGGUCCCUCACCAUCAUCAGGUAGGUGGAUCAAGUUAUGGGAAACCCCACCAGAGAGAUGUCCCCGUCUCUGUAUUCCCGGGAUUCCACACAGGGAGGUCACACCCAUGUCCCUCACCAUCAUAGAGUGGAAUCCUCGGGGAUGAAUAAUAUUUUGUUUUAAAGAAGAGUAUAAAGAGGAAAGUCUAGGAUGAGGAGUUGUAUGGAGUGAUUGAUUAGGAGUUUUUCAGAAGGACACAAGGAUAUGAUGGAGCCAACUAAUACCAGGAACCCACCAGAGAGAUGUCCCCGUCCCUCUGUAUUCCUGGGAUUCCACACAGGAUAAGUGCCACACCAUCCCUCACCAUCAUCAAGGUAGAUGGUGAUCCCAGUCUCUUGUAAUGGGAACCCACCAGAGAGAUGUCCCCAUCCACUGUAUUCCCGGGAUUCCACACUAGAGGAAGGUCACACCAUCCCUCACCAUCUCAGAUGAUGGAGCCACCUAAUACCAGGAACCCACCAGAGAGAUGUCCCCGUCCUCUGUAUUCCCGGGAUUUCACACAGGAAGGUCACACCAUCCCUCACAUUGCAAGGUUGGUGGGAUGGAGCAU